GUGUGUUAGUAUAUUAUUCGUAACUGCAUGCGCUCUGCGUUUCAAAGAUCAGAGGACUGUGCUGGUAAGAUCCUUGAAUCACAUCAGGUUACGGGCCCAGACUACGAAAAUGGAAGGUAUUACAGGAAAGCUUCAGAUCGGCCUACUAGAUGGAAAAAACUGGGACACCUGGAAGUACAAAGCCUUAUGCCUACUACGCACCGUACCGUCGGCUCUAGAAGUAGUAGAAGGAUUGUUCCAGGAACCCACUCGUCCACCUACCGGAUGCGGCGAUGCUGAAUUGGCAGCUUAUCAACAACAGAAAGAUAAGUUUGAUAAAGCUGAUGCCAGUGCUAUCCUUAUACUUACCACCAAUAUGCAAGAAGACACACUUCGAAAAGUUAUGCGGUUCACUAAAGUACGUGAUGUCUGGUUAGAACUCCACAGGCUGUUCGACGGAACAAAUGAGGAUAAAACCUACAACCUGUGUAUGAAUUUCUUUAGCUUUAAGAAGGAUCGAGCAGUCGACUUAGCCACCCACAUGUCAAACUUAAAGAACAUCUGGACUGAAUUAAAUCAAGAACUCAAGAAGGACAGUAACCAAGAGCUACCCGAACUGCUACUUGUUUGUAAAAUACUGGACACGCUUGACGAUUCAUACUUCAGCUUCAGAAGUAGUUGGCUCCUCCUGCCCAAAUCCAACCGUACCAUAGAAAACCUAACCAGUCAUCUCUGCGCAUUUGAAAGAGCACUGCAAGGUAACAACGCACUCUCGCAUCAAUCGGAAGCCCUGGUUUCGAAUAUGGAGAAGAAGAAGGACAAGAAGCUUAAAUGCAACUACUGUCUAGGUAUUGGCCACAGAGUACGCAACUGUCAAAAAUGGAUCCGUGAUGGUAGACCUCCUAAGAGUCAAAAUCCGACCCAGACAGAAACGCCUUCUACUUCAAAGACCGCUAACUUGUUACUGAUGUCUUUAGAAGACAACGAAAUCUUCACAGUUUCACGGGACAACGAGAACUGGUACAUCGAUAAUGGCGCAACAAGCCACGUCACCAACAGAGCUGACAUUUUCCAAACCUACGAACAUUUCAAUGAGAACUACACUGUUACAACGGCCGCUGGUAAUGAAGUCCGUGCCAAAGGCAAAGGAACAGUACAGCUCAGAGGAUAUGUUAACGGGAAACAAAUCGACAUCAGCCUGCAAGACGUCUGGUACGUUCCGGCCAUAAGCAAGAACCUCUUCUCCGUACUCGCACUUCACGACCGAGUCCCGAAUAGCACCUUUUCAUCCAAGACAACUGAAUGCAACGUCAUUGUCAACGGGAAAGUAUGCUUAAUAGGGAAGAGACNUAUUGUCCUUUGUGACAACGGCGGCGAAUUUGAUAAUGCGUCCAUAAAAAGUGUUUUAGACACUCAUGGAAUAGUACAGCGACUCGUCACCCCGUACACACCGGAACAAAACGGAGUAAGCGAAAGGGAGAACAGAACCCUAGUUGAGACAGGCAGAUCGUUGAUGUAUGCUCAUGAGCCUUUACCACAAGUGCUUUGGGCAGAGCUCAUUAAUACCGCGGCAUACAUUCUGAACAGAACAGGUCCCACAAGUUCAGGUAACAAAUCUCCGUAUGAACUUUGGUAUGGAAAGAAACCUAUUAUUAAACAUCUUCGAAUAAUAGGCUCAACCGCAUACGUCCAUAUCCCAAAGCAGAAGCGUAAAAAACUCGAAAAAAAGGCGAUAAAAGGUCGACUUAUCGGGUAUGAUGAAGACUGCUACCGUAUCUGGGUCACAGACGGGAAACACUCGACGCUCGUCCGCUCUCGUGACGUAAUCUUUGAUGAGAAACCUCUUUCGAUCUGUGAUAGUGAAAUUCCUAGAACAGAAGUUGAGACAAGAGAAUAUCCGGUUUUCAUAACGCCAAAACCGAACAUAGAAAGAGAAGUUACAGCUCCAGAGCAAACUCACGUUCACGAGGGAGAUACACCCGAACCGAUUUCCAACGACCAUGAUCAUGUUCUCGAGGGAGAAGAAUCGGAUCAAGUCCUCCAUGAAGACCAUGAACAUGAAGAAGAAACGACAGUUCCAGAAGUAUUUUAUGACGCUGAACCACCGCCAACCGGCUAUAAUCUUAGAGAUCGUUCACUGAUUCGACGUCCUGAGAGACUAAGAGAUUACGUCUGUAUUACUGAAACAUUUCCAAACAAUUUCGCAGACGCUAUGAAAAGGGACGAUCGCGAAGAAUGGCAAAGGGCAAUGGAUAGCGAAUUGAAAUCCUUCGAAGACCUGAACGCUUGGACACCGUGUGCACUGCCAAAAGGACGAAAAGCACUUCCAUGCAAAUGGGUUUUACGGAUCAAAAGAAAUCCAGAUGGCUCGGUCGACAAAUACAAGGCUCGACUUGUCGUAAAAGGAUACAGACAAAGGAAAGGAGUAGACUAUGACCAAACCUUCAGUCCUGUGGCACGCCUGGCUACUGUACAAGCACUACCUCGUCCGUCAUAUGCAGUUCUACGCCAGGCGCUAGGAUUGUGUACCUACUAUGUAAAUGUUUAGGGAAAGUGUUGGAGUUGAUAGACUUAGAAACUCCUUACAAAAGUAAACAUAGACAUAGAUAGUGACAAUCUUGUGAAGGAAAAAACUUCUGUCAGUUGAAAAAGUGUCAUGUAUAAACAAGAAUAGAAAGAAACUGUGAUUCCGUUUAAAAUCUAAAACAUCCGCGAAAUUAACUAGAAUUUAUAAAAGUGUGUUAGUAUAUUAUUCGUAACUGCAUGCGCUCUGCGUUUCAAAGAUCAGAGGACUGUGCUGGUAAGA